AUGAAAAAUCGAACAAAACCCAAGCCCAAAUUCGAAAUUCAAACCUUUUUCACCAUUAGAGGCAAACAUAGUUUUCUUGCAAUUUCGCCCAAAUCCGAAAGAGGAAAGUGCGAAUCGACGGUCUUGACCGAUUUCGUCGUCCUUGAGGUGCUACGUGUCUCGAUCCCACGUCCUCAAGGACGACCCUGCGCUGCUACAGCAGCUGCUGCGACUGCACUGUUCAGAGGGAACGUGAAGGAGACGACAAAGAGGAGCAGUGGUCAAAAUUGGGUGUCAACAAUUCUCAUUAUUGGUUUUGUGGCAACUUUGUUCUCCCUAGCUUUGGCUACACCAGGGAAUGCAACAUUUUAUACAAAAUAUGUUCCAUCAGCGUGUUACGGAAACAAGGCCCAAGGUACAAGAAUAGCAGCAGCUAGUGAUUCUCUAUGGGGUGGUGGAAAAAUAUGUGGAAAAACAUUCAAUGUGACAUGUACUGGACCAACAAAUCCUGUGCCACACCCUUGUACUGGCAAAAGUAUUGUUGUGAAGAUUGUUGAUCAUUGUCCUGGAUGUGGUGGAACCCUAGAUUUAUCUAAAGAAGCCUUUUCAACCAUUGCUAAUCCUGUGGCCGGUGUUAUCAAUAUUAAUUACGUUCAGUAA